AUGUUCACAAGUUCCCUCAGACAGAAAUCGGUGCGUGCUGUUUUCGCCGCAAAAAGGUUCAACUCGUCUCACAGCCACCACGUUGAGAAGAAACCAAUUGAAAUCACCUUUGCCAAGAUAUUCGCCGUGGGAUCUCUAGUCGGAGGAUGGCUUCUCUACAAGAACAAGGACAAAACAGAAACGCCUCUUUUCAAAUCUGGUCUUUUUGAUCAAGAGUUGAAUGGUCAACGUGAUCAUUUAAGAGAGGAAGGAUACGAAAGUCGUUACAAGAUGGGUUUCAUCAAAGCUUUUAUUGCUGAUAAUGGUGGAUCGGGGUUUGGAAAUUCAGCUUAUAGAAGAGGAAGUGGAGAAGAUGUUUCAAGUACGAAUUUGAUUGCUGCCCAUUCGCCUUGGGGCCCACAAUUUGGUGCCGGUAUCAAAUUAGACAAAGUGGGAGAAAGGAGGGAGAGAAUAGAAAGGUUUGCUCCUCUUAAAUAG